GGAGGAGUGGCCCGGUGUCGGUCAUGUCUUAUAAACAUCGAGUUCAUUACAGUCCACGGAACGCGUCGCGCAUGGACUUGCCAGGUAUUUGUUUUGCCGUCUUCGACGAGUUAACAGUUAUAUACAGGUUUGAAAUGGUUUCUGUAAAUAUAAUAUAGGUUGCACAGUUGUAUAAGGAAAAGAACAUGGCUUAAUGCGUCGGAAUAAACGUCAAGAUUAGAGCAAAAAUGGCCCUAAAGUUUUCCUAAUUCGAAUUUUUACCUGAGUCAGAAUUUACCGCAACGCUCUCUGAACUACCACCAACAGCGGUCUUUAUUUAGACAACAGUAGUCCUACUGUACACAUUUGCUUUGGAGUACUUUUAUAUCUAGAUAGCUGUUCCAAUAGUGGAGAAUGGAGACAGGUAAUUGUCGUAUGAAUGGUGGUGGUGGACUUGACGGUAUCGGUGGAGGCGGCGACGAUUCCUCAAAUGGUAUGAUCACGCUAGAGGACCUGGAAUCUUUUUCGGAAGACCAGCUGUCAGAUUCGGGCACUGGGAGUCUGGAAGAGGCGGGUGAGACGAUCGAGGACGAAGAGCAACAAGACGGAUUGCUGCGCUACUGGCAGGACGCCGCACGGGGACACCAAGUGGAAGUGCCUCGAGACAUGGCUGAGCCCAUCCAGCAGAUUACCAGCAACAACAAUGGCCAACACGACCGGGAGCAGGUGCCCUUCACCCUCAUCGCGCGUAAGGAAAAGUGUGGAGACAUGCUCUAUGAGAAGAGACACUAUGAGAAGGCCCACUGGGCGUGUAUCACGGUUCAUGAGGACACCUACGAGCAGAGCAUCUGUUACGGCUUCAUGAAGCUCAUGAGAUACAUCUGCCAGCAGAACUCCUCAGGUAGCUAUCUGGGUAUGACCAUCCCUAUCCUGACUGUGAUCCGUACGGACGAGAACCACUCUGUCUUGUCCAGGGAUGUCACUGUGGCCUACUACCUUCCCACAGAAUACCAAGUCCAGCCACCCCUGCCUUCUGACACUGAAAUAAGCAUUGAGGAAUGGCCUGCCACCAUUGUAUACACAAGGUCCUUCACUGGCGCCACAAACGAGGUGACCAUCAUUAAUGAGAUCAGCGCCAUGGCGGAAAUGCUGGACUCCCCCGCCAUGCAUGUGAAUGACUCGUUCAUCGUGGCCGGCUACACCAACCCUGCGGUGGCGAACCGACAGAAUGAGAUUUGGUUCCUUGAGCGGCCUUGAGGGUCAGCCUAACCUUGGCCCAUCCUCCUAAACCUGACCCACCCAACACCCCCGUCCUUAUCCCAUCCUACUGAUUCACCCCUUCCUGCUCUAGAGAGAAGAGACUUAGGGGCAUGGCUGAAAAGGGCCCUUAUUACUAGUCCUGUGCGAGGCUGCAUCCUUUGGGUCCAUGAACACCUUUACGAUAGGGCAUCUAGUCUAGAUAUUUUACUCUGCUGUUUUCCUCACAUAGUUGGGGUUUGACAUUCACUUCUUUUAGUCACUUGUCAUUCGGACAAGUAGGACAGAUUUUUCAUUUUACUUGUCCAAAAAAAGAAAAGAAAUGGGCCGCAACACUAUUUUUUACAUCAUUGUAUGAUGCAAGGAACCACUUUACAAAAUAAAAUGGAGAAUCAGACAAAAAAUGUAGGAAACCAUCUAUCUAUUGGCUUCUUUGCCUGUCUCAAAAUACAAACACUGCCCCUUUUUAAGGCUCUCCUGGAGGAUAGUUGGCCACCCUUCGCCUAUAAAAUAUUGCAACGUUACAACUACAACCAAAUACUUUGUCUUCGUAAAAUAAUUCCCUUUGCCAAUAAGGUAGACUACGUCAAAGCAAGGUAACUAACAAAUAUGGGUUAUCUUUUGACCGCGUGUGAGUUAUUUGUCAAUGAGGCUAUUCUAAUAAUAUUUUGAACGUUGUCAGAAUGACAUGGCCAAUGUUUAAUAGAGAGGGGAAUCCCAGCUCACCAACUGUCGAUGCAUUUCUCAACUCACAAUGUUGAGCGCUUGAUAGGUUUUACAACAGGGUUAUGUAGCAUUGCUUUACUAAUGCACCCGUUCAUCAAUGUUGCACUGGAGUGCCAGUGACAUGACAUAAAUGCACGCUGAAUAGUUAGUUACAGAGAACUAGCCAGGCUAAACAAGAUGUUUUGAAUUGGCUAUGUAGUUUUAGUCUGUUGUCUGUCAUUAUUAAAGGUUACCUCGCUGCUAUAAUGUCUGUCCAUGGGCCUGCUCACCCACAGGUGAUUCACACACCAUGACUUUUCCAGGAUUUUAAUGACCGUACCCUGUUUGCUGACCAAAAUGAGCUAUAACUGGGUAAAAAAUAAACUAGCAAGGAAUAUCAACAAAUGUGCACACGCUCGUACCUGUCAAUGCAAUACAAUUCUACUCCGAUGCGAACAGUGUGCAAAACAUCGCAUACGGGGGACACUUGUUUGAUAGUGAUUUGUGAUAUUUUUUUUACUUGUCCAUUCGGACAACAAAUCUAUAUUCUGCUUGCCCAACUUUUUAUUUUUAUUUUACUUGUCCUGGACAAGCGUUAAUGUUGAGCCCUGAUAGUCUUGACGACCUCCGAAGGGUGAGGAGUCAUGUGACGUUUACUUGAUGUUUUGUGAGAAGUGGAUGGAUAUUAGAGCCAUGCCUCUAGAGAGUUGGGCCAACUGUUAGGUUGUAAAAUAUCUUUCUAAUUCUAGAUAUUCAGUGACAUAGCGUUGUUUAAAUAUUCCCCAUGUCAUUUGAAUGGGGACAGAGCUAACAUGGCUGCCAUAGAAUGUUGAAUAUUGUUCUAAAUUCUAGACAGUGACAUGGUGUUUAGAUAUUCCCCAUGUCAUGUGAAUGGGGACAGCUAACAUGGCUGCCAUAGAAUGUUAGUGUCAUGUAAAUGCAUCAAUGCAGAAACCUCAAUGUCCCAUCUCUCUAAAUACAUGGUUCUGGUGGAUCCUAAUUAUUGCGCCAGUCACACUGUAAACCUUGAAGAACUGGAAUCCUUACCAGGUUAUUAUUAACAAUCCUGAACGAUGACUGCUAUUCCAGUCUGCUUUAGGGGGGGAUAAGUGCAGUCUUCACCAUGGUAACUACCACCGUUUAGACAAUUUACUGCGAUAGGAGGGUGGAUUUAUUCGUUAUGAAGUGUAAGUAAAUUGUGUCAUUCUCUUUCUGUCAAUGAAAAACACUGAACAUGACACAGACACCGGAUAAAUUAAACAGCCAACAGUCUGAAUGUAUAAGCAUGGUGAGACAGAGAAAAUACGUAUUACUACAAACCAAAAUCACUUACCUUUGUUGUAUGACAAUCGAGCAGCUAUCUACAGCGUACUACACUUUUCUAUGCUCUGAGAGUCAAUGCAUUCCUCAUUCUUAAAGCCAUGAUGUUCACAAACGACCUAAUUCUGUCUCUUUACCUAAUGUUCCAAUCCAGACAUUGUUUUGUGUCCGUGUGUGUGUACUAUUCGCAAGUUACCUGACACUGCUGACGAGAAACGAGUAACAUUGAAAACAGAGUAAAAGCAUGGAUCAGUGUGAUGGAACUGCCUAUCAUAUACACGGUUAUAUUUGUUUAUCUGAGUAAGAAAAGUGAUUUAUUAGUCCACAGCAUUAGGGUUCUAUACCCCAUUUUAGUGAAAAUCCAUUAAAGCUCAAAAUAACGAGGUAUUUAUCUUCAAAAUAUUUUGUAAUGAAACCAAUUACUAAGAGGAUGAAUUUAGCAUAAGGAAAGUGAUGUAUCAAUCUAUUUUGUUGACUCAACAAUAUAGGAAAGUUCAAGCUCUAUCAGUUGUUUUAAAGCAGAAUAGGCCAUUAUUGCUCAACACCGGGCUGUAUAAUGAAGUAGCUGUGACUACACCAGUCACAGUAUGUCAGGUAACUGUACUUUGCCAAAUAAUCACUGUGUAAAGUCUUGUUCAGGAGAUCAUCUUUCUCAUUAAUGACCAGUCAUAACCAUUAUUUGACCAUGUACCGGAUUCAGCACCAUGUAAACAAACAGCAUCUCAAUCACUUAAAAUCGCCAAGUCCAGUCUGAAAGUAGUUCACAGAACCUGUCGUCCCCAUGACUUCAUGAUCAGUGUAGUGAUAUAACGCGCGCCUUUUAACCGAGUUGUUUCAGUGGUGGUUAGUCUUAACUGUUUGGCCUCUGCAGCUUUUUACACUUUAGGUUAGUUGUUUUCCUGCCUGUAAUCAGAGCUGAUGUAGGAUGUAACGUUAGUUCUCAAUGUGAUGUAGACACCACGUAGGAUGUAACGUUAGUUCUAAAUGUGAUGUAGACACCACGUAGGAUGUAACGUUAAAGUUCUAAAUGUGAUGUAGACACCACGUAGGAUGUAACGUUAGUU